UAAAAGCUGUUGUGUGGACAGAUGUUUUCCAACUGUUAAUCAUCAUUGGAGGAUUGUUCGCCCUUGUUGUACAAGGCGCCCUCGAUGUUGGAGGACUGGGGAAGAUAUUCGAGAGAGCCACCCAAGGGGGGAAGAAUGCCAUAUUUUGACUUCAACCCUGAUCCCUUUGUGAGGAAUAGCUUCUGGACUCUGAACAUCGGCGGAUUCUUCACUUUCCUGACAGUGUUCGCGUCCAACCAGGCCACGCUACAGCGUUACUCCAGCGUUAAGUCACUCAGAGGAGCGCAGCUUGUACUGUGGCUGGCCUUGCCUAUCGCCAUUUUGAACAUGUUGCUGAUCUGUGCUGUGGGUCUGGCAAUAUACGCCCGCUACCACGACUGCGAUCCGUUCCUCAGUGGGCGAAUCGCCAAACUCGACCAGAUUGUACCGCUAUAUAUGAUGGAUACCCUCGGCAGUAUCCCCGGCCUACCUGGACUAUUUGUUUCCUGUAUAUUCAGCGCUUCACUCAGUACUGUCUCCUCCGGAGUGAACUCUCUUGCCGCUGUGUCAAUCUGUGACUACGUGAAACCGUUCCUGGCAUUAUUUGAGAACAAGCCGUCUUCAAGAACAGUCUCUAUACUCUCCAUGGCGUGCUCAAUUUUCUACGGGAUGCUGACGGUAGGCUUGGCGUACGUCGCGGGUGUUGUGGGGAAGACUGUGCUACAAAUUGGCCUCAGUGUGUUCGGAAUGCUGGGGGGACCGUUACUGGGGCUGUUCUGUAACGGGAUGUUCUUCCCCUUUGUAAACUCUUGGGGUGCUGGUGCUGGGUUGACGAGCAGCCUCGGGGUGUCCCUGUGGUUAGGGAUCGGCGCUGCCCUGCAGCCUGCCAAGAGAGGUGCCCUGAAUUUGGUCACAGAGGGCUGCACCAUCGACAGCGGCAAUGUUACCACUUCAGCAUUAUCUGUUUUCUCCAGUCUCGCUCCUACGUUAAAUACAACAGAUGUUCCAGCCACUACACUUGAUGUUGACAUCUUAGACAAAAUAUACAGUCUGUCAUAUCUCCACUACAGCACAGUGUCGGUCACGGUGGCAAUCGUGGUGGGAAUUGUUGUUUCUAUUCUAACAGGUUGCAACAAAGGGAAGCCUGUGGACCCAGAAUUGUAUUUGCAUAUACGGAAUGGGUUCUGCUUGUAUAAAAAGUGUCUGGCUGGAUAUUCCCUGGCACCAAGAAACACAACUCUUGUAGAAGCUACUCCCCCAUCUUAUGCUCUACCAUUUAUGAUAUAUGACGAUCACAGUAUACAGGAAAAGGAGCCUACUAUAUCUUUGCUUGGAGCAAAGAAGACUGUCGUGAAUGCAGACAAAAUUGAGCAUCUCCUUAAAGACGAUAGCAGGUCGUCGUGUGUAUAGAACCAUCCAGGCAGAAGGAACUCAGUAUCAUUGACUUGUAGAUGCUGUGACUGUGCAGCACAUCUCAAUUCCAACGCCACAUAUCGAGACAACUGAUGUCAGCUGAACCAGUGGCUGUACUGAGAACGAAGGACAAUGGUGGACGUCGCUCCACUAUGACGUCACAACUGUUGGGAUUUCGAUACGCAUAUAGGCUGGUUGCCAGGGUACUUUUUAGUUGGUUUUAGACAACAAUGCAAUCAGAUAGGACUUUGUAAUGUUUAAGUGUGUACUUUGACUAUUUGACCUGAUUCCAAGGGUCAUUGUGAACCACGAUAGCUAACGGACAGUAGACUAGCAUAGUAAAGUAUGGGCUUAACAUAGUGAUGUUGCAUCCUGGUAUAUAGGAGUUGCAUCUUAGUAUGAAACUACAGCGUCUUAGCAUAUAGAUGUUGCAUCCUGGUAUAUUAGAGUUGCAUCUUAGUAUGAAAGUACAGCGUCUUAACAUAUAGAUGUUGCAUCCUGGUAUAAUGGAGCUGCAUCUUAGUAUAAAAGUAAAGCCUCUUAGCAUAGUGGUGUUACAUCCUGGUAUAGUGGAGAAACAUCUUAGUAUGCAAGUACAGCGUCUUAGCAUAGUGGUGUUACAUCUUAGCAUAGUGAUGUUCCAACCUGGAAUAUUGGAGUUGCAUCUUACUAUGAAAGUUCAGUGUCUUAGCAUGGUAUUGUGUUUUAGUAUAGUGAUGUUGCAAGAUGGCGAUGCUGCAUCUUGGUACUGUGAUAUUGUCCCGUAUUUGCACAGCGAUGCAAUAAAUUCUCAUGGCUGUUUGGAGUGAAAUACUCUUUUAACAUGCUGUGAAACCUUA